UUUCAGCGUCUUCUUGUGUUCUGUUCUGUCUCUGACCUUUCCCGCCGCCAUGUGUGGAAUCCUUGCAGUGUUGGGUUGCGUCGAUAACUCUCAGGGAAAGCGCGCUCGCAUUAUCGAGUUGUCUCGCAGGUUGCGGCAUAGAGGUCCUGAUUGGAGUGGCUUGCAUUGCCAUGGAGAUUGUUACCUUGCUCAUCAACGGCUUGCUAUUGUGGACCCUACUUCAGGGGAUCAACCUCUCUACAACGAAGACAGGACUGUUAUUGUCACUGUAAAUGGGGAGAUAUACAACCAUAAGCAAUUGAGACAGCAACUGAAGUCCCAUCAAUUUAGAACUGGUAGUGAUUGUGAAGUGAUUGCUCAUCUUUAUGAAGAACAUGGAGAAGACUUUGUUGAUAUGCUGGAUGGGAUAUUCGCCUUUGUCCUUCUUGACACUCGAGAUAAUAGUUUUAUUGCUGCUCGUGAUGCUAUUGGAGUUAACUCUCUUUACUUGGGCUGGGGUCAUGAUGGAUCAACAUGGUUUGCGUCUGAAAUGAAAGCUCUGAGCGAUGAUUGUGAGAGAUUCAUAUCUUUUCCUCCGGGGCAUAUAUAUUCCAGCAAACAGGGAGGAUUGAGAAGGUGGUACAAUCCACCAUGGUACUCAGAGCAUAUUCCAUCAACACCCUAUGAUCCAAUGAUGUUGUGUGAGGCUUUUGAGAGGGCUGUAUUAAAGAGAAUGAUGACUGAUGUGCCUUUUGGAGUUCUUUUGUCUGGAGGACUUGACUCAUCACUUGUUGCUGCUGUGGCCAAUCGUUAUUUGGCUGAAUCUGCAGCUGCUCAUCAGUGGGGAUCACAGUUACAUACUUUCUGCAUUGGUUUGGAGGGCUCUCCGGAUUUGAAAGCUGCAAAAGAGGUAGCAGAUUAUCUUGGUACUCGUCACUACGAACUUCAUUUCACGGUUCAGGAAGGUAUAGAUGCACUUGAAGAAGUCAUUUAUCAUAUUGAAACAUAUGAUGUAACGACUGUCAGAGCAAGUACUCCAAUGUUUCUUAUGUCCAGAAAAAUUAAAGCCCUGGGAGUGAAAAUGGUUCUUUCUGGAGAAGGUUCAGAUGAAAUAUUUGGAGGUUACCUGUAUUUCCAUAAGGCACCUAACAAGGAAGAGCUUCACGAAGAAACAUGUCGAAAAAUUAAAGCUCUUCAUCUUUAUGAUUGCCUGAGAGCCAAUAAAUCAACUGCAGCAUGGGGUGUAGAGGCACGUGUACCAUUCUUGGAUAAAGAAUUUAUCAACAUAGCCAUGAGUAUGGAUCCGGAGUGGAAAAUGAUAAGGCCUGAUCUUGGAAGGAUAGAGAAGUGGGUAUUACGCAAUGCAUUUGAUGAUGAUAAGAAUCCAUAUUUACCAAAGCACAUAUUGUACAGGCAGAAGGAACAGUUCAGUGAUGGUGUCGGGUACAGCUGGAUUGAUGGCUUGAAGGAUCAUACUAACAAACAAGUCACAGAUGCAAUGCUGAUGCAAGCCAACUUCAUUUACCCUGAAAACACUCCUACUACAAAAGAGGCAUACCACUACAGGACAAUUUUUGAGAAGUUCUUCCCAAAGAAUGCUGCUAGGUCAACAGUUCCAGGAGGUCCUAGUGUGGCAUGCAGUACUGCAAAAGCUGUGGAGUGGGAUGCAGCAUGGUCAAAAAAUCUUGACCCUUCUGGUCGUGCUGCGAUUGGUGUUCAUGCAGCUGCAUAUGAGGAUGAACGAAGCAGCAUUUGGAAUUCCAAACCAAGCCAGAUAUUCACUCUAUGAAAUCAUGUGGGUGGAUAGAGUGCUAAAAUGGAGACCACAUUAUAUUCGUGUGAUUUUAGCUCUAUAGAGUAUAGACUGCUUUUGUAUCACACUUCUUUGCAUUUCAAAACUCAAGUCUUAAGUAAAGCCUGAUGCUGAUGCUGAAAGUGAAUCAUACACAGCAUAACCAUUGAAUCUCAAAUACACGUAGUGUGGAGGGAGGGCAUUAAGAUACAAGUUCAUCAACUUCUUGAAGACUGGAACUCAGAUUUCAAUUUUCCAUUAUUCUACUUAGGGCAACUGUUAAACAUGCCAGAAAAUCAUCAUUUUUAACAAUUUCUAGAUAUUUUUCAGAUGAAUAGGAAAUUAUCACGGAAUUAAAAUUAUAUCUCAAACAACUAAUCACUGAAUAUAGCAGACAAGAUUCCGGCAUUUAGAUAGAUAGCAAAACACAGUAUGAUUAUAGCAGCAAAAGAAAAAAAAAAGAGUGACAUGC